GUUUACAGGACGGGCGUGCCGCGGCGCAACUCAAACUCUGCGGCGGAGGGGCGAGCGGAGGAGCAACUGGACCAAUAAAGAGGGACAGCGUGGGACCGGGGGGGUCCGAGGACACGGCGAGCGCCCGUGCAGCAGGACAGCAGUCUGCUGCUGUUUGAAUUCAGAGAUGAGCGGUGGGCCUCAGGACUGGCAGGAUUAGCUGGAAGGCGGCUUCAACGGGAACAUCUGAGGACCUCAGCGGGAUUGGGAUUGAGAUGUCCUACGAGAGACGAGGGGCCACACUGCUGCCGGCUCAAAAGGUGGAUUUCUGCUUUGCAACUCGUGCCAUUCAGCUGUGGGUCUGCAGGAGCGCAGAAGAUGUGAGGCCUCCGCACGGCGCAGGACAGGAGCAGGACGACACAGAGUGCACUUGCCAUUGGCUGUGAGCAGCACGAGGUGGCAUUUGUUGAGAUUGGCAUGGGGGACCAGUCGCUCUACAAGGCCAAUCACGUAGUGAACUGCACAGAGAGCAGCUACUAUCAGCUGCCACCCAGCUCGGUGGCGGCCGGGGCCGGGGGCCUGAACCACAGCUAUGGCUCGACCGUCAUGGAGACCCCCCAGGCCUCCCCGGUGUCCUCUGCAUUUCCCCGUGACGCGGGGAACAAUUACCCAGAACUGAUAGAGACCACCAAAACCGGCGGCUCAUGGCCUAGCGCGGGCAACCACCUUCGGAACAGUCUGGGCAACGCCGGCGUGAUGUGGGCCGCCUCCGGCCAGGGCGAGGCGCUGCCCGCUGCAGAGGGAGCCCCCUACCAGUACGGUUGCACGCAGCAGGCGGAGGGGCCGGCCAAACUGGGCCCCACCGUGCAGAAGCUCGACUCCUUCACGCAGGUGUUUGCCAGCCAGAACCUCCGGAUCCACCAGGGUGCCGGCGCCGGGGGCUUACUGGCUCACGCUCAGCCCCUGGGCACCUCCCUGGCUGACGCCACCACGGACAGCGCCCUCCGUCAGCUGCUCUGUCAGAAGCCGCAGGUCCUUGAGUCGGCGCCGUCACAGCUGAAGUUCCAGCAGCAGCAGCAGCAGCAGCCCUUUGACGACGGGCACGAGCUGCAGCAGCAUCAUCAUCAUCAUCAGCAGCACCCUCCUCAUCCUCAUCAGCAGCUGUACUACGAGUACCAGCAGCAGCAGCAGCAGCAGCAGCACCAGCAGAGGGCAGCGCAGCUCCAGCAGCUCCAGCACGUCCUGCAGCAGCGGCAGCAGCAGAUGUUACAGCAGCAGGCCCAGCAGCAGAGCCAGCAGCAGUUCUACCUGCAGCAGACGCAGACCACCACGGCACAGCAGCAGACCACCCUGUCCGGCCACGCCCUGCUGCAGCAGCUGCAGCAGCAGCAACGCCACCAUUACUACCAGCAGCAGGCCAACCUCCUCCAGCUGCAGCAGCAGCAGCAGAUGCACGCGCCCACCCCGGCGGUGCCCUUCCACCAAAGCCGCAAAGGCGUCGGGCAGGCCGGGCAGGCCUACAGCCCUCAGGAGCAGGGCCACGUCGGGCAACACGUCCAGAUGUCCCCUGUGCAGUCACAGUACUUCUACCAGGAGCAGCCCCCGCAAUACUGCCACGUCUACCAGCAGGGCGUCCAUCUGCAGCAGGCGCAGCAGCAGGCACAGCAGCAGGCACAGCAGACGCCCGUCCAGGAGGACCUGCACUCGCCCACCAAGCACUUCCAGGCUGAAUCCAGCUGUGCCACCACUGUGGUCUCUGAGGUGAGGGACUGCAGCCUAAACCAGAAGGGCACACAUCCUCCAAUGAGCGCGCCCAGCCAGACCGGGCAGAGGGCCCUGGGCGAGCUGCUGCCCACAGUCCAGCUGGUGAGCAUCAAGGCUGAAAUUCAAGAGGAGCAGCAGCAGCCACCAGCUGGCACUUUGUGGUCACAGGUGAUGUUAAAUGACAUGAAGCCCGAAGCGACAUCCCCAGAUGACAGCACCCUGGCCAGUCCGACCUUCCUGGACAGAACCGAAGUGAAGAGCAAGCUGGUAUGUGCCAUCUGCGUCAAAGAGUUUAAGAGCCUGCCAGCCCUCAAUGGGCACAUGAGGUCUCACGGCGGGAUGAGGGCAUCGCCCAGCCUCAAACCGGAAGACGGGGACAAGCAGCUGCCCAAAGAGGUGGAUGCCCAUCUGCCCAUCGUCAUGCCUGUCUCUGUUCCUGUAAAGCUUCUCCCUGCAGCUGCUAUGCUCCGCCAGCCCACUGAUGCCAGUCAGCCUGCCGCCGAUCAUGUUGACAGGUCUGCCCAGCUGCCGGCCCCACCAGGACAACCAUGCCAGCGGCUGCUAAGGUCCCCACAUGGCUGCUCCGACGCCCCUCGCAGGCUCACAAAGGCCGAGAAGCCAGACAAGCGGGGUCAACACGAGAAGAAGAAGUACAGGCACCGGCCCGAGCCCCUCAUCAUCCCCCCGCCCUCCCUCACCCUCUCCGUGGGCAACGCCACCCUCUUCCAGAGUCAGCUACGUUCUCCACGGCUCCUUGGCGAGCCUCCUCCUUACACGCCGCCCCCCAUGCUGAGCCCGGUGAGACAGGGGUCCGGUCUCUUCAGCAGCGUCAUCCAGCACAGCCAGUCGACCAAGGCCGCCAGCCCCAUCACGCCCAGGGUGUACCUGGCAAGGAGCAGUGGCACAGAUGGGCUCAGCGUGAUGCCAGGACCGGGAGAGCAGCCCGUCAACGUUGAGCCGCACAUCAACUUGGGGCGCCAGUUCCAAGCCGAGAUCCCGAGGCUGCAGAGCCGCUCAAAGAUGGCCAACGACGAGCACCAAGCCAGCCUGGUGUGGACAAACCGGCCAGAGUUUGAAUCAGCCAGCGGGCAGCAGAAGGUGGACAACUUGGUGAACAUGGCCUGCUCCAGUGUACUGCCAGGGGGGGGGACCAACCCCGAGUACGCCCUGCACUGCCUGUUUGAGACCCAAGGGGACUUCCUGGCCACCCUGGAGAAGCUGCUGGUGCUGAAGACAACGAGACAAGAUUCUCAUCCCCUGGCAGAUUACCACUAUGCCGGAUCUGACCAGUGGACCCCACUGGAGAAGAAGAUGUUGAAGAAGGCGCUGGUUAUUCACAACAAGGACUUCUUCUUGGUCCAGAAGAUGGUGAAGACGAAGACGGUGUCCCAGUGCGUGGAGUUCUACUACACCUUCAAGAAGAGGAUGCACUUGGGCAGGAAGCACCGCGGCCGGCUGAUGAGCGCCGAGGAGGAGGAGCAGCUGACCAAUCAGAAUGAAAACACCGAGCUGGACGAAGUCGAGGAGGAAAAGAAGUCCGCCCAGGAGGACACCGCAAUGGUGGACGUGUCUCCAGAUGAGCGUGUCACUGCUCUUGAAGAGCCAGCUCCUGUGGAGAGCACCGUGUUGGCCAACAUGUCCAGCGUCAGUUUUCCUUGCGAGAUGCCCAACUGUGGAGCGGUCUUCACAUCCAGACAGGCCCUAAAUGGCCACGGGCGAAUCCACGGGGGUACGACCCAGCAGGUCAAGCUGGUGCUGGGUGGCAAGAUGAAGGUGGGCUCGCAGUCGGACUACUCCUCGGUGACGGGGUCUCCUGCUCACAGCACCACCAGCGGUGACACCGACCCCACGCUGCUCUUCCCCUGCAAGGAGUGUGGCAAGGUCUUUUUCAAGAUCAAAAGCCGCAACGCUCACAUGAAAACCCACAAGCAGCAAGACGACCAGGAGCACAAGAAGGUCCUGCACAUGUCUGCCAUGGAGAUGCCCUCCAGCCUGCCUCAGGUGAGCAGACAUCACGUGAUGUUACCGCUGGACCACAUGGGCCUGGUCAAGCGGCAGGGCCUGGACGAGGAGGACGAGGACCACCUGCUGCCCUCCCACCUCCUGCUGGAUGACGACCACGGCGGUUUCCUGCACGAUGAGGAUGAGCUGUAGCCGUGCCAGCGGCUGGACUGGGCAGGGUAGGAUGUCGGGGGUCUCUGGACAUGACGUGGAGUCAUCUUGGGAUGGAGACCAAUAGUGCUGCAACACUGAACCUUUAUAAAGGGCGCUUGGGGCAUCCAGUAGGGUGGGAGAGGUGGCACGGAUGGGGAGCGAGUGGGCAGUUGGAUGGAAAGGCGCGCCAGUCGAUCUCUUCUCUUCAUUAUUAAGUCAAACAGGCCAAGACUUUUACUGGGCAGGACAGAAUGACAUGUGUGCCACUUUAAAUGCCACCAGCCACACUUCACGUCUUCAUGCCCGGCUGCCAGUAAAGUGUUACUGGGGAACAAAACCAGGUCACGCAGUGGGCCAGUGCACACCCCGAUGCCAAUCCAUGGCUGUCUGCCUUUCUGCAUUGCUUUACGUCUCAGGUUCAUUUUCUUGGUGUGCCAACUGUUUGAAUUUUUAUUUGUUUCAAAUCCAGUAAUGACCUAGGUGCUGGUGCUGUGGUCCCCAAACGGGUGGGCGCUGUUGGCAUCUCAGUUAAGUCAUAAGCCAGGCACCUGGCUGGUGACACUCGAGGACAGAUGGCUUCUCUCUUAUCAUUAAGUCAGUCAUUGGAAGGGCCGUCCGAGAGUCAGUAGAAGAGAUGAUGCCACCUUGCAUGCGAGGCAGUGCCAUGGCAUCUCUCUGGUGGCUCCAGCCGCUGGUCUAGACAAGCUGUAGGCCGUGGGUGAGUCUGUGGUGGGUGACUUGCUUGUGCUAAUCAACUUGUUGCCAGUCGUCUGUGCCAUCGGCAGUGAGGAGGACAACCUCGAACCUUCAGCCCUCUUUGGAGGGGAUGAGUAAAGGAGCCAAUGGGUGAAAUGACAUUAAAUGUGAAUACUCAUGACCACCACCACCGCCAUACAGAAAGGUCAUUAGAAUGUAACACUUGUCCCCAAGCUCUCCCCACUCAGUCAGGUGGGCCUCUUUUGUCACUCACUUUGGAUAAAAGUGUCUGCUAAGGCAAUGACAGCAUCAAAAACUGAGCACAGCAGGCAGCCCCCCAGCUUCAAGUGCCCACCCCAUUAAAGUGCCCACCUCAUAAAACUUAAAAUGAGAUUUGAACUCAAAAGGAGUGCUGAGGGUCCCAAACUCGAGACUCGGGCUUCACGGCCUGCACAGGGGAGAGGGGCACCACGUAAAGCCCUGGCCUCGGGUGACGAACGGCGUGGUCCUUAAUAUUUAAAGGCUUCAUGUGGAGGAAUCAAAAAGGGGGGCAAACCAAGGCAGGCCCAGAGUGAGUCGUUUGGGGGGUCCGCGGCCUUGGCAGAGGACUCUUGUGGCACAUCUCGCCGUCCUUAUCUGUCUGGUCGGGUCACGUCGUCCGGCGCUAACAUCACACCUGUUUUUCAGGUCUCUUCCUGUCCUGUCACCACACGUUGAUUGUAUGGGGAAGCUUCCAGAAGAAUUCCGGUUUUGUUAAGAAUUUGGGCAAAUCACGGCGGCGAUUCAGAAUUUGCUAAACGUUACCCACUUGGCCCACGGUUUGUUUUUUUAGACGAAGCCUGAUGGUCACACAAAGUUAAGGUGACAGGGUGGGGGCUCAAAUCUCCGCUCAGCUGUGUCCCAUCCAACAAGUGCCAGUAACGCCAACACACCAAGGGGUUUCAAUAUAAGACAUGGAGGAAGAUGAUGUGUGGUGGGCCUCUGCUGACAAAACACCUGCAUGGCUUCUCGGGGGCACCGUGCCCUCCACGGAUGUGCCCACCCACCCCAUGACCCCGAAUGAAUGGGAGGCCAUUAACACCACUGAAGCCUUUACGGGCAGCGGUGAGACUGGCGUAGUCGGCAUCACCCUGCCCGAGCACCUUCUGUCUAAAAGCCAUGAAAGGGGGACACAGCGGCUGGAGUGCGAGGGGCUGGUCAGGGAGAACAAGUCGACAAGACCCCAACGUCCUUCAGAGCGCCUGCCUGCCCCCCACUUUCUCCUAAUGCUUGGUGGGGCUUUGCAGUGUAGCAGAUGGCAUCGCCCGUCACCGUCGCAGCGGCUCGUCCAGAAUGAGUUUCUUGUUCCUUCUGUCUGAUUUGUGUCAUUCUUUUAAAAAGUGACCCUAAAUGUUGUAUAUAAGAGGACUUUCAUGUAAAAUUCACGUUGACUUGGGUGCGCGGUUUACUCGGCCUUACGCCGCUCAGUCAGUGCAGAAGGGAUGUAAAUAUUUCUGGUAUUUCAGGUUUUUCAUUCUUCUUGGUUUUCAAAUGGCUGAGGUGUCCUCUGCUUCAGGUCCAAGCAGUUGGCGCUAAGACCACCUAAUAAAGCGGUCACCACC